AUGGAGCCUCGGGUUGGUGGAAGGUUUCGACUUGGCCGGAAGAUCGGUAGCGGAUCGUUCGGAGAGAUCUACCUAGGUACCAAUAUUCAGACAAACGAGGAGGUUGCGAUUAAGCUUGAAAAUGUCAAGACGAAACAUCCACAAUUGAUGUAUGAAUCAAAGUUGUACAAAAUACUACAGGGAGGAACUGGAAUUCCAAAUGUGAGAUGGUUUGGCACUGAAGGAGACUACAACGUUCUUGUGAUGGAUUUACUGGGACCUAGUCUUGAGGAUUUAUUCAACUUUUGCAGUAGGAAAUUGUCUCUGAAGACUGUUCUCAUGCUUGCAGAUCAAAUGAUCAAUCGAGUGGAGUUUGUCCAUUCCAAAUCAUUUCUUCACCGUGAUAUCAAACCAGACAACUUCCUAAUGGGUUUGGGUCGGCGAGCAAAUCAGAUUUACGUCAUUGACUUUGGUCUCGCUAAGAAGUAUAGAGACACUUCAACUCAUCAGCAUAUUCCCUAUAGAGAAAACAAGAAUUUGACAGGCACUGCAAGAUAUGCAAGCAUGAAUACUCACCUUGGCAUUGAACAAAGCCGCAGGGAUGAUUUAGAAUCACUUGGAUAUGUGCUUAUGUACUUUCUAAGAGGAAGCCUUCCUUGGCAGGGCUUGAAAGCGGGAACGAAAAAGCAGAAGUAUGAGAAGAUCAGUGAAAAGAAAGUGUCAACUUCUAUCGAGGCCUUGUGCCGUGGUUAUCCUACAGAGUUUGCAUCGUACUUCCAUUACUGUAGGUCUCUGCGGUUUGAUGAUAAACCAGAUUAUGCGUAUCUGAAGAGACUCUUUCGUGACCUUUUUAUUCGGGAAGGCUUUCAGUUUGAUUAUGUCUUUGAUUGGACCAUCUUGAAAUAUCAGCAGUCACAGAUUGCCACACCUCCUGCUCGUGCUCUUGGUGCUAGUGCUGGACCGAGCUCUGGCUUGCCUCCAGCUGUGGCAAAUGCUGAAAGACAAUCUGGUGGUGAGGAAGGUAGACCUACAGGUUGGUCGUUGUCAGAUCCCUCUCGUAGGAGAAACUCUGGGCCAAUUGUAAAUUCUGGAAACUUGUCUAGACAAAAAAGUCCUGCUGCAAAUGAUCCAUCUCUAUCUAAAGACGCAAUGUUAUCAAGUUCUAAUUUCUUGCGGUCAAGUGGAUCAUCGAGGAGGGCGGCAGUCUCUAGCAGUCGCGAUGCAGUGAUCGUUGGCAGUGAGUCUGAUCUCUCUCGCCCUCAAACCUCAGAUUUGAGCCCUGGAACACUAGGUAAAAUUUCUAGUGGCCAAAGAAGUUCACCAGUUGUACCUUCAGAGAACAAUCGUACAUCUUCUGGAAGAAAUAUUUCAAACGUAAAGACCUUAGAGUCCACUCUCAGGGGCAUCGAGAGCCUGCACUUCAAUAAUGAUGAGAGAGUACAGUAUUAG